UGACGAAAGAUUAGGAAGAGGAUUCCGGACACGUAAAUGAAGGAAACGGAUUUUAAGGAUUUUGCUCCACCUCACUUACUAUCUUCCAUCUACCUCAUCCAUAUUCCUGUCCCUUUCGUGCCUUGUUCGUGAAUUCAAUCAGGUCCCAAUUAUUGAUUACUAUCAGAAAAUGGGUUGAUUGAUUAGCUUAGCUUAGCUUUCCGGCCUUUUUAAACACAGGGGUUUCCAUGUUUUGACCCAGUUUUUUUCCCCAUUUCCACUGCCUUUUUGGGUUAAUAAUUUUUCCAUGGAUUUUCUUCUUCUUCUUCUUCUUCUUUCUCUCUCUACCCACAGCUCUAAUUUUUGAGGCUGUUCUUCGUGGCUUCAGCUUUCAACGCUGAGAAUUGCAGGUAUUGUUGGCUGUACAGGGUUAAUUCAUUCAGGGACGCUAGAAGAAGAUUUAGAGUUGAGGCGGGAUAUACAGUGCUAAGAACUGCAAACUUGCCGUUUUUUUUUUAUUUUAUUUUGGUUGUAACAAAUGGCUCCUGGAGGCAACAAUUACCAGGACAUUGUUGAUUCCCGGACUGCAUUUUCUGAUUAUGGUAUUGCACCCGAAAGUUCCGAAUUCAAAGGUUCCCCUUUUCGAAAAUCUGCAUCUGUGAAGCAUGGAGUUGGGUCAAAUACUGCCGUCCAUGAACUACUGGAAUGCCCUGUUUGUUUAAAUAUGAUGUACCCGCCAAUUCACCAGUGUCCCAAUGGCCAUACUUUAUGCCAGAAGUGCAAGUCAAAGGUGCAUCAAUGUCCAAUAUGCCGCCACGAUCUUGGGAACAUUAGAUGUUUGGCCUUGGAGAAAAUUGCGGAAUCGCUGGAACUGCCUUGUAAAUAUCAGCUGUUUGGUUGUCAAGAUAUAUUUCCUUAUCAUAGCAGACUGAGGCACGAGCAGAACUGCAAAUUUCGCCCGUAUAAUUGCCCUUAUGCUGGCUCUGACUGCCCCGUUACUGGUGAUAUUCAAUUCCUCGUCUCGCACCUUAAAGAUGAUCACAGGGUUGACAUGCAUGAUGGAUGUACCUUCAACCAUCGAUAUGUCAAAAACAAUCCCCAAGAUGUUGAAAACGCCACAUGGAUGUUGACGGUUUUCAACUGUUUUGGUCACCAGUUCUGCCUGCACUUUGAGGCAUUCAGCCUCGGAAUAUCACCGGUGUACAUGGCAUUCCUCCGCUUCAUGGGUGACGAGGAGGACGCGAAGAAGUUCAGCUACAGCCUCGAAGUUGGCGGGUUCGGGAGAAAGCUAACAUGGCAAGGAAUCCCGAGGAGCAUACGAGACAGCCACAAAACCGUACGAGACAGUCUAGAUGGUCUAAUCAUUCAGAGAAGCAUGGCGCUGUUAUUCUCGGGGGGUGAUAGGAAGGAGCUGAAGCUGAAGGUGGCGGGGCGCAUAUGUAGAGAGCAGCUAUAAAAUCGGAAACCACAUUCACUUCCCUCUUUAUCUUCUUCUUCUUCUUCUUCCAUUGUAGCAUAGUUUGGCACACUAGUUCUAGUUAGUUAACUGCUGAUUGGAUUGGUUUGUAUAGGGUUUUUGUUUGUCCUGUAUAAGGUCUGUAGAUUGACCUCACCUCAAUCAGCUCUUGUACAACUCUCACUCUUCUUUUCAGAUCUUAAUUUGCAGGUAGUGAACAUA